AUGGGUGUGCAUUUCAUGCUCAUGAACUUCUUAUCUUUAGAUUCAACUGGGUCGUUAGCGUCCACGACUUUGAAUAAAUCAGGGAACAGUGGUUGGACAAAUCAAUCUUUGGUGAGUGAUGUCACAAAGAGCAUACCAAACCCUAGCAAGAGCAUUCAACCCUUGCGGUGUGAGGUUUGCAAGAUUGAUUGUAAUAGCAAAGAUGUUUAUGAGAAACACGUAUCUGGAAAGAAACACCAGAGAAAUAUGCAAAACCAACUUAAUCCCACUGCUGCAACAUUAAAAAAUUCUUACAGUACCAAUGGGCAAAUGACAUUUGGGGCCUCAGGUGUGGCUGCUGCUCAGGGGUUGGAGAAAAAGAAGCAGAAGCUUCUGAAUGGUGGGGCAGCUAUCGAUUCUGUGAUGGUCUGUACAGUAUGCAAUAUUGCUUGCAAUGGCGAGGAAAUGUUCAAGAAACAUCUAUAUGGGAAAAAGCAUGCUGCUCAGGCUGGCUUAAUGUCUUUAAAUGGGGUUGGGCAAUAUUUCGCAGAAAUUAAGGCUCAGAAUAAUAGCUUUUGGAAUAAAGUCCCAAAAAAGACCAAGGUUGUUCAAUCUGCAUGGUGCCAAGUUUGCAAAAUCAACUGUAAUAGCAAUGAUGUGUACGUCAAGCACUUACAGGGGAAAAAACACCAGAAGAAUUUGGAAAAUUUGGAAAAAUCUAAGAAUGGUACCAGUGCCCCUACUUCAAUUGCCCCAACAGCUGCAACCAAUCCAAUAAUUGGCCCAGUAGAAAAGCUGGAGGCUGAUAAGAGCAAGAGUGUUGAUACACAAAAUUUACCGAAGAGAUCAGCUGAAUCACAGUCAACAAAAGAUGAUCUCGAGACAAAGAAACAGAAGGUUGUGGAAGGCGGAGCAGCAGCAAAUGCUGUCCGAGUAUGUACUAUAUGUAAUGUCGUAUGCAAUAGCCAGACAGUUUACAGUUAUCAUCUCGCUGGCCAGAAGCAUGCUGCCAUGCUGAAGAAAUAG